CAGUUGAAUCGUAAAAAUUACGUUUUCUCGUCUAUUGAUGGAUUAGUUUGUCGUUUCCCUUGUUUACAUGUAAUGCAAUUGGUGAAGAUUGGGUAAGACCAAGGCCAAGGUAGCUACAGGAUAGUUACCAUUUACAUGGAAUGUGGUUUGCCGUUGUAGGUCUAUGUUGUUGUUUUAAGUACAAUUUCUGGCUUGAAGGCAGCUCUUACCUUUCAUAUUUCCCAUCAUCACUGCAUGGUUGGUAGAGUGUGGGGUUCGCCGUUUACCAACCACUAAGACUGACUUCAAGAUGAGUCUUACCAGUGGACUAACCAGGCCUAAGAGAAUGGCUGUUGGUAUCCUUUUACUCCUUGUAGUGGAUGUCAUCUGGGUCGUUUCAUCGGAGAUAACUCAGUACAUCUUCAAGGAUAUUGGAUAUGACAAGCCAUUCUUCUCCACCUAUUUGAAGACAUCAAUGUUCAUGCUCUAUCUACUGGGUUUCUUGUUUUGGAGACCAUGGCGGCGGCAGUGUUUAGAUUGUUUUGAGAAGUCAAAGACUCUGAAUAUUGAUGAGAAUUCAAAUGAUGACGAAGAUGUGUUGAUCUGCAGUCAAGAACAUUUACUGAGUGAUCCUCUGUAUGUUCCAGUCAAGUUCAACGACAGUGAUAAAGAGAGCAGUCGGAGUAACAGUUUUAGUGAGCCAUGCGAUUCUUCAACAUUGAAUUCCAGAGUUCGAUUUAGUAAUCUGAUGGAAGUCAGACAUUUGUCUGAUGAUGUUGCAGAUGAAGCCAUGAUGGCUAGGUUGUCCUUCAAUGCUACACAGAGAGCGAAGGAAAACCUUCAACAAGCAAACAAGUUUACCAUUCCUCAAGUCGCAAAAAUUAGCUUCAUGUUUUGUUUAGUGUGGUUCCUUGCCAAUUUUUCUUAUCAAGAAGCAUUAAAUGAUUCCCAGAUGGCUAUUGUCAAUACCCUGUCAUCAACAUCAGGAUUAUUUACUGUUAUUUUAGCAGCACUGUUUCCCAGUUCUCAAGGUGAUAAAUUCACACUUACAAAAUUAUUCGCUGUUCUAGUGAGCGUUGGAGGAAUAUUUAUGGUCAGCUACUCAGAUAGGACCAAGGAUAACCAGUUUAAACUUGGCUCCCUUUGGGCUUUAGCUGGUGCUUUCUUCUAUGCAGUGUACCUCGUUGCACUCAAACGAAAAGUAGAUAACGAGGACAAGAUUGAUAUUCCUAUGUUUUUUGGUUUUGUUGGUCUAUUUAAUUUCCUAGUGAUUUGGCCUGGAAUAGUCAUCCUACAUUACACCAACAUAGAGCCGUUCCAACUCCCUAAAUCCAACGUUUGGAUAUACCUUGCUGUUAAUGGCAUAGUGGGAACAGUGCUUUCAGAGUUUCUCUGGCUCUGGGGGUGUUUCUUGACAUCAUCAUUGAUUGGAACACUUUCUUUGAGUCUCACCAUCCCCAUGUCAAUCCUUGUAGAUAUCUAUUAUAAUAAUGUGGACUUCUCCCUAAUGUUCAUCUUAGGUGCCAUACCAGUGUUUGUGUCAUUUAUUGUGGUAGCUGUCCUAACCCAUUACAAUGAUUGGGAUCCUGCAUGGGCUCUUAUCAAAAGACUUUACUACUGUUUUCAUAGACUAAGCUGCCUCUUCUGCACGAUAUGCUCAAUAUGCAGAAGGAAAACACCUCAUGUCAGGUUACCAACGUCAGAUGACAAAGAUCAGUCGGAAAGUUUAAUAGCCCUUCAUAGCAUGGAUGGUAGUGGUAAUGCUCUGGAUUGCUGUUGAGACUCACAGAUGAAUUCUUUUCUCUAAACUUCGCUUGGACUGCUGAUGUGCAGGCAGAAUUGUACCAAAAGACUAAUCUACUUAUUUAUUUUUUCUAACCAGAGUAUGAGUAAUCAAGUAGAAACUUGCUAUAACAACAAAUGCAAACUUUCUAUGAUAAGUUUGCUAAUAGCCAAUCACAUA